AUGGAGAUUUGGCCUCAUUCUUUUGCGAGAGGUCUUCCAAGAACGGUGUCGGAUCAUUGUCCGAUAUUGAUGGAAACUAAAUUUGUGGAUUGGGGACCAAAGCCGUUCCGGUUUAUUAAUGCAUGGACUAGUCACCCGGAUUUUGCUAGAAUCGUCUCAGAAUCUUGGAACAAAGAAGGAAUUUCGGGCUGGAGCAGCUACGUCUAUAAAGAAAAACUGAAGAGACUUAAAACUGAUCUCAAAUGCUGGAACAGAAACUGCUUUGGUUUGAUUGAGGAGAACAUCGCCAAACUCCGAACCGAAAUCGAGGAAUGGGACGUGGUGGAUGACACUUUGGGGCUAGAAGAAUCUGAAUCAAUCAAAAGAAAUGCAGCAGCAGCCAACCUUCUUCUUCAGUUCAAGAACAGAGACAGCUUAUUAUCCCAAAAAGCGAGAGAUAGAUGGUUGGCCGAUGGAGAUGUUAACAGCAGCUAUUUCCACCGGAUGAUUAAAGGAAGAAGAGCAAAAAAUAGCCUUUCGGGACUUCUUUUAAAUGACCGUUGGGUUGAUGAGCCCUCUCAAGUCAAAAAAGCUGUUCGCGAACACUUUGAAGGUCAGUUUAAGCAACGAAGAGGCUUUAGACUUUCUCUCCCGGAAGAUUUCGUUCAAAAAAAACUAUCGAGGGAGUCGAGAGAAAGUCUAGAACACCUCUUCACAGAGGAAGAGGUCAAGGCGGCGAUUUGGAACUGUGAAUGA